AUGGACCUGGUGGGGGUACGCUUGAAGAGCUGUUGGAAGGUCUACCCGUGGGUGGGACCUAUCACAUGUGAGACUGUGAGGCGCCAGGGAGUGGCACCGGAAGCGUCGGCGCCAAUUUACUUCGCUGGCGAAGCAACAGAUGGGGGAGCGAUGGACCGGAGGGAGAAAAAGAAGCUGAAGGAGUUCUAUGAAGCUGCGGCGCAGGCUCAAGAGAAGCAGCUCGUGUGGGAGGAACUGGAUGAAGUAUUGCGCGAAUCGGACCCGCAAGAGGAGGUGGUGCUCAAGGGGAAGAAGAAGCCGGGGCGCAAGGCGCGGGACCUUCACUUUGACAUGGUGUUGAAACUCAUGGUAGGGAGUUGUAGUGUAGUUGAGUUACUCGUCAUCGGGUCUUAUCGUGUUG